CCAGUGACUCACUGACUUGCGCUCGCAUUACAAGUCGAAGUUUUGAGUGCAAAAGACAGUGGGUCCGAAGUGACGCAAACCGAUCUAUCUAUUUCACGGCACUUUUGACAAAUAUUUUUGUUCUGUUUCCAUAACAAAACGCACAAAGGGAUAAUUCUCUGUUGAUGAAGUCCCACCGCGUGUGGGACGUAGAAAGUGUUGAGGUGCACCUUUAGAUUACUUCAGUGGCCAGAAGUGAAAGACAUUGAUUUUCCUUUCCCCAGCAUUUGCAGCCUGUGCUGGGUUGGUGGAACAUGGGCACGCGGAUCCACAAGGUCUCUGGACUUAUCGUCUCGUUGAUAUUUACCUGUCAUCUAGUGAAUGUGGCUCAGAGCUCCAAGGUGUGGGGAGAAGUGCCGCUGCCCGAGGACCUGGAUUCAUCAAGGACUGUUGUCCAAAGAUCUCAGCGCUUCCUGGACGAUGACGAGGACUUCGCUGCCGAUGAAGCAUCAGGAGAUCUGCCCAGUGGAGAGGAGGACGGAAGCACGCCAGAACCCACAGUGGUGACUGAGAUCAGCACAACGUACCACAGAGCUCUGGUGAACUUCACAGACUCCAUCGUGUACAGGCCUGACAUGGAGGACAUCUACUCGCUGUCUUUCCAGGAGAUUUCGGAUGCGGUGGUGGACACGUUGGAGUCAGAGUACAACAAGAUCUCAGGCAUCCAGACUGUAAAUGUGGUCCUCAUCAAGAAGAUGCCCAGGCAGAAUGGAGUGGAUGUGUUUGUAGAGCUUGACGUGGGCUCUGACUACAACAACAACGAAAAUCAGAUCCGCAACGUGUUGUAUGGAGUGGUGAAGGAGGGAACCAUCGCCUCCUACAUCACCUCUGUUCAGGGAUUCCAGUUCAGACGCCUGGGAGAAGUGAUCCCCAACCCUCUGCCCUGCAUGAAGGAUGAGCACACGUGUCAGGAUGGGGGUUGUAUCCCUCUGGAGUACCUGUGUGACAACAGACCGGAUUGCAAUGACAUGAGUGAUGAGCUGGAUUGUGAUCAGAUUCAGCCUGGACCAGUGACCCCCACCCCCACCCCUCCCACCACCACCCCCAUCAAGAAGUCCACACGCCCCCUUGGCCCCCUAGGGCCCUGCAAAGUGGACCAGGCCACCUGCCAGAACGGGGAAUGUGUCCCCAGAGACUACCUGUGCGAUGGAGAGAGGGACUGCUCUGACGGCAGCGACGAGUUCAGAUGUGGCACUCCCUCUCCCUGUGAACCCAAUGAGUUCAAGUGUAAGAACGGCCGCUGUGCUCUCAAGCUGUGGCGCUGUGAUGGAGACAACGACUGCGAGGACAACUCAGACGAGACCGACUGCCCCACCAGAGGUCCAGGUGACACAUGUGCCCCAGAGCAGUUUGUGUGCCUCAGUGACCGCACCUGCAUCCCAUCUAGCUACCAGUGUGAUGAGGAGCCCGACUGCCCUGACCGCUCGGAUGAGUUCGGCUGCACUCCUCCCACAGUGACCAGUCCCCCGGAGGAAUCUAUUGAGGCGGAGCGGGGGGAGACGGUGACUUUCAACUGUGUGGCAGUUGGUGUUCCCACCCCCAUCAUCACCUGGAGGCUCAACUGGGGCCAUAUCCCCAUCAGUGGCAGGAUCUCAUUGACCAGUGAGAAUGGGCGUGGCAGCCUGACCAUCCGUGACGUAAAGGAGGCGGACCAGGGGGCGUACACCUGUGAGGCCAUCAACGCCAAAGGCCUUGUGUUUGGUAUCCCUGAUGGGGUGCUCAGCCUCACACAGAAACCAGGAAACUGUCCCGACGGUCACUUCAGUGUGGAGGGACGUUGUAUCUCCUGCUUCUGCUUCGGCAUCACCAAGAACUGUGGGAACACUGGACGCUACCGAAACCAGAUCAAUCUGCGCUUCACUGACGAGGACGACUUCAAAGGAGUGAACGUGACUUACCCCUCUCGGCCGGGCACCCCUCCUCUCUCCUCCACUCAGCUCCUCAUCAACCCAGAGGAAGAGGAGUUCCAGCUAGUCGACCUAUCACGGCGCUUCCUCAUCCUUGAUUCAUUUUGGACGCUGCCACGCCAGUUCCUGGGAAACAAGAUUGACUCCUAUGGAGGGUCCCUGAAGUACAAGGUGCGCUACACGCUGGCCCGUGGCGAGACUGAGCCUGAGGAGAAACCAGACGUGGUCCUGACCGGGAACGGUCAGAGACUGGUCUACCGCAGGGGCAACCCCACCCCCUCCAGAGAGGUCAACCAGAAGGAGAUCAAGUUUACUGAGGACAACUGGCAGCACUCGUCGGGUCGCCAGGUGUCCCGUGAGGACCUGAUGAUGACGCUGGCCAGCCUGGAGAGCAUUAGCAUCCGCACCGUCUACGACAACCACAUGGUGAGCGUGGCGCUCAGCGACAUCGUCAUGGACACCACCACUGUGGAGUACAACAUCCAUGACAAUGCCAAAGAUGUGGAGGAGUGCAGGUGUCCCCCUGGCUACUCAGGACUGUCCUGUGAACAGUGCUCCACUGGCUUUGAGCGUGUGUCUGGGGGGAACUUCCUGGGAUCCUGUGCUGGAUGUAACUGUAACGGACACGCCAGCGCUUGCGACCCCAUCAGUGGACACUGUCUGAGCUGUCAGCACAACACUGAAGGUCCUCAGUGUGACAAGUGCAGACCAGGCUACUUCGGUGACCCCAGGCGAGGUCGCCCCGAUGACUGCAAGCCCUGUCCCUGCCCAUACACUGAGACAUCCCGCAGGUUCUCCGACACCUGUUUCCUGGACCAUGACUCCCAGGCCACGUGCGACGCCUGCGCGCCAGGCUACACCGGCCGUCGCUGUGAAAAGUGUGCAUCUGGGUAUCAGGGUAACCCAUUGCAGCCCAAUGGCAAAUGUUUUACAACCCCAAACUCAAAGUGUGAUAUUCGAGGAACAGUGAAUUCCGACAGCAGACCAUGCGCCUGCAAGUCCAACGUGGCGGGGUCGCAGUGUGACGAGUGUAAGAGCGGCUCCUUCCACCUGACGGAGGACAACCCAGAGGGCUGUCUGCAGUGCUUCUGUAUGGGCGUCACCAAGCAGUGUGUCAGCUCCACGUGGAGCCGAGACCAGGUCCGUGGCGGUGUGAAUGGUCAGCUCUUCUCCCUCUCCAACGGAGCCAAUACCAGAACAAUCACAGACGGCAUCACUCAGAGAGGCUCCUCGGGGGUGGCGUACCGCUCCUUCUCUGACAUCCCCAAGGACAUCUACUACUGGGUCCUACCAGACAGCUUCAGAGGAGACAAGGUGACAGCCUACGGCGGGGAGCUGCGCUACACUGUGCACUACGAGCCCCGACAACGCUCCCUGGUGAUCGACAGACAGCCAGACGUGGUUCUCCAAGGCAACGGCAUCUUCCUGGAACACUUCUCCCAGAUUAAGCCCCUCCCCCCCGCCACUGUCACUGUCACCUUCAGAGAAUCUGCAUGGAGGCGUGCUGAUGGACAGCCCUGCACACGUGAACACCUCCUCAUGGCCUUGGCUGACACUACAGUCUUCAUGAUCAGAGCCACCUACGCUGUCAACAUGGUUGAGUCCAGUCUCUCAGACAUCCGGAUGGACAUUGCAGUGCCACAUUCCACAGGCAACGAAAGGGCCCUGGAAGUGGAGGAGUGUGCCUGUCCCCAGGGCUACAACGGUCCAUCAUGUCAGGAGUGUGAUGUGGGCUACACCCGUACAGGCUCUGGGCUCUACCUGGGUACCUGUGAGAGGUGCGACUGUAACGGCCACGCCAGCGGCUGUGACCUGGUGACAGGCGCGUGCUUGCAAUGCCUUCACAACACGGCCGGCCCAAGGUGUGAGCGCUGUUUGCCAGGUUUCUACGGCAACCCUAUGACGGACGGACCUCAGGCUUGUCAGUCCUGCCCCUGCCCUGGCACUUCCCCCAGCAACCAGUAUUCUCUGUCUUGCUACAAGGAUGCGGACGGUCAGCCGACAUGUGAUAACUGUCCCCCUGGCUCCACCGGCCGGCGCUGCGAAAGAUGUGCUGCUGGGUACACAGGCAACCCCCAGCUUGGACAAACGUGUAUUGUUGGCAACAAUGAUCUGAAUGAUAACUGCUACGACUGUGAUCAGAGAGGAAGUGAAGGAUGCAAUGGAAAUGGUGUGUGUCGCUGCAAGAUGAACGUUGAGGGCCCUGAUUGCUCCAACUGUAAGCAGGGAACCUUCCACCUCAGCACAGACAACAAAGAUGGCUGCCUGUCCUGCUUCUGCAUGGGAGUCACUCAGCAGUGCUCCAGCUCCUCCCACGACAGAGACCAGGUAUCAUCCGUCUUUGCCCCAGGCAACUUCCAGGGCUUUGCUUUGGUCAACCGGCAGCGCACCAACCGCAUCUCCACCGGAUUCACCGUGGAGGUGUCCACUGACGGCACCCAGCUCUCCUACAGCAACUUUGACUACCUGGGCCAGGAGCCCCACUAUUGGCAGCUGCCCGAGGCUUUCCAAGGGGAUAAGAAGGACGCGUUCGUUGCUCGUAUGAGACGAGCGCACCAGGAACAAGUGAAGAAGCUGGAUGAUGAGAUCUGGGCAAUCCUCUCCAACUUUCCAGCCGACUCUCCUCCCUUCCCUCCCUCCUCUUCCUCUGAGAGGAAGGUCCCCAGUGCCUCGUUUCGGGCCGGGUCUCGUACCCCCCUGAGGCCCCCCUCUCCCCCUUCCUCCCUCACUGGUUUCUCCUCCCUGGUACGGCCUACUAGUCCUCAGCCAGCCUCCCCAGGUCACUCUCCUCGACAGAAGACUCAACAGCGGGGGACCAAGAACAUAGUGGGUCCUCCUAGUGCUCCCAGUGGCCCCGGGCCUGCAGGGGCCUCCAGCCAGUAUGCUUUGUUCUACAAAGGUUUCAGCUUGCACCCGGAUGACACGCUCUACUGGCAGCUCCCAGAGCAGUUCAUAGGGGAUAAGGUGAUCUCGUAUGGUGGGAAGCUGAAGUAUACCAUCUCCUAUGUAGCCGGCCAGAGAGGAACAGCCAUCGAAGACGCUGAUGUUCAGAUUAUUGGAAAUGACAUCACCCUGGUGGCUCGCCAGCUUUGGCAGAGGGGAAAGGGGACAAGAGAGUCCCGCCAGUUUGAGCUCGUCUUCAGAGAGGAGAACUGGCGUCGCCCAGACGGCAUGCCUGCCACUAGGGAGCACCUGAUGAUGGUGCUGGCUGACCUGGAUGACAUCCUGGUGCGGGCCUCCUACUACACAGAGAUGAGGUCCUCCAGCAUCUCCGAGGUCAGCAUGGAGGUGGCCGUGCCCAACUACAGCGGCCUGGCUCAGGCUCUGGAGGUUGAGCAGUGCCGCUGCCCGCCCGCCUACCAGGGACUCUCCUGUCAGGACUGUGCCCCUGGCUACACUCGUACCGGAGGGGGCCUGUACCUGGGCCACUGUGAGCUGUGUGAGUGCAACGGGCACUCUGACUCCUGCCACCCCGAGAAUGGCAUCUGCACGAGCUGUCUGCACAACACCCAGGGAGAGCUGUGUGAGCAGUGUGCCCCAGGUUUCUAUGGGGAUCCCACCGCUGGAACCCCAGAGGACUGCCAGCCCUGUGCCUGCCCUCACACCGACUCUGACAACCAGUUCUCCCCCACCUGUGAGAGCCUUGGUAACGGUGGUUAUCAGUGUACUGCUUGCCAGCCUGGAUACACUGGCCAGUACUGUGAGCGCUGUGCAACUGGAUACGUUGGAAAUCCACAAGACAGGAUUAAGUGUCGUCCAUUCAAUACAGCGGCAGCCUCCCUGGUGGUGAAAGUGUACCCUGAGAGGGUUUUGGUGGCCCAGGGCAGCCCAGUGACCCUGCGGUGCCAGGUGACCGGCCCUCCACCCCACUACUAUUACUGGUCCAGGGAGGAUGGACGCCCCGUGACCAACAGCGCCGUCAGACAAAGACAAGGAGAGGAGCUGCAUAUCCCCAGUGUUCAGCCCAGUGACACAGGCAUGUAUGUCUGUACCUGCAGAGACCAACGCAACACCAACAGGAGCCGCGCUGAGAUUGUCGUCACAACUGUCUCGUACAAACCCAUUCAAGUGACCAUCGAGGAGCCCAAAGCACGGAGUGUCACAGUUGGCGCAACAGUCAGCUUCAUCUGCACAGCCAAGAGCCAGUCUCCAGCCUACACCCUGGUGUGGACUCGGCGGGGUAACGGCAAGCUGCCCAACAGAGCCAUGGACUUCAACGGCAUCCUGACCAUCCAGAACGUUCAGCCUGAGGACGCUGGCAUCUACGUGUGUACAGGCUCCAACAUGUUUGCCAUGGACGAGGGUACUGCCGUCCUCUACGUGCCAGAGGCCUCACAGACUCAGAUGUUUUACACGACCUAUGAAAUGUUGGAAGGACAUGGAAAGCCUCGCGGGGGGGCCCAGCCAGUGGCUACUGUCACUCCCUCUGUCCUGACCAUCCAGCAAGGAGGCCAUGCUGAGUUCCACUGUACUGUGACUGGCAACCCUACCCCUGCCAUCGAAUGGAUAGGUCCCGGUAAUAGGAUGAGCCCCAAUGCUGUGGUCCGUGGAGGGGUCCUGACCAUCCCCGCUGUGGAGAGGGAGAAUGGGGGGGAAUACGUCUGCAAGGCCCUCAACACCCACGGAGAACACACAUCACGGGCUGUCCUCCACGUCAGUGGUUCCCAAACUGUGGGUCGGGAACCACUUGUGGGUCACAGCAGGGGUCCAGCUUCAGGUGCCAGCCUGCCCCAUGUGCAGGUGAGCCCCCAGAGGGUAGACAUCUAUGAGGGUGAGACUCUGAGGCUGUACUGCAGGGCUGGAGGCAGGCCCAGCCCCGGACUCACCUGGAAGAAACAGGAAGGACAACUCCCCCCGCAGGCCAUUCCUUCUCACGGUUUCCAACAGUUUAAAAGCAACAGUCUCGAUGUGUUACAGAGACGUAUUGAGGAGCUGCAGGCCAGUAUGGAGCGCACAGACAUUGGCACCCUGCUAAUCCCUAACACCAAGUCGUCUGACUCUGGCACCUACUUGUGUGUGGGCACCAACUCCAUCGGAUCCUCAGAGGCUCGCAUCGAGGUCACCGUCAACAGAGCAAUAGGAGGAGACACCAUCUCGUCAGCAAUCACCAUCCAGCCCUCCAUAGCUGACGUCCAGGAGGGACAGAGCCUGGACCUCAACUGUUUUGUCCCUGGUAACCCCCCACCUGCUGUCACCUGGAGGAGGGAAAGUGGACGCCUGUCCGCCAAUCACCAGGUUCUGGGCACCAAGCUGCGUAUCCUCUCUGCCGGUCCAGAUGACUCUGGGAAGUAUAUCUGUCUUGUGGAGGGAGGGCCUGGUACUCCUGUCCGUCAGGCCUCAGUCUCUGUCUCAGUCACUGCCACCUCCUCUCGUCUGCAGACCCCCAUCAUCUCCAUUGAGCCCCAAAGUGCAGCAUUGCGACAGGGAGAGUCAGCCAGCUUCAAGUGCAGAGUCUACGGUGGAGCAGAGCCCAUACGGCUGGAGUGGAAACUGUCCAACAACCAGCCCUUUCCUGACAAUGUGAAGGUUGGCCAUUACGGCACUGUCCUCACCAUCGCUGACGCCCGCCCUAGCAACCAGGGCACCUACAACUGUGUGGCUACCAACCUGUUUGGAAUCACCCAGAGUAUCGUCUCUCUGAUCAUCAGAGAGUCUCCUGUAGCGACCGUCACCCCUCAGGGGCCCGUGCGAGUCAGGAUGGGUGAACCCAUUAACCUGGAGUGCCAGGCUUCCGGGGAGCCACGCCCAUCUGUCACAUGGCACAGACUGGACAGCGCCCGCAACACCAUGCUUAGCAGCCCUGUGCCCAUGGAGUCCAACGCCGUCAUGCAGGUCCUAGUGGCCCGUCCAGAGGACAGUGGUACCUACGUAUGCACAGCCCGCAACGACGAGGGCACCACAGAGACCAGGGUGGAGGUGAUCGUGGAGGGAGCUGCCCAGGUGCCCGUCACGCCCCGUGCCUCUGUGCCCGAUCCCCUCAUGGUGGUGGUGGAGGGACAGAGCACCACACUGAGAUGUGAUGCUCACGGCUUCCCUGUCCCUAAGAUCACGUGGUCUAAGCUGCGUGCCCCUCUCCCCUGGAGACAUAAGGUAGUGGACAACACGCUGAUCCUGCCCAAUGUUGGCCGGGCAGACUCUGGAGAGUACAUCUGCAACGCCACCAACAGCAUGGGCACCACCGAAGUCACCAUCAUGCUGGACGUGGAAACUCCUCCCUAUGCCACCUCCCUGCCCGACGAUGUGGCAGUGCGUGUGGGCGAGGUGAUCCGGCUGCAGUGCCUGGCCCAUGGUACUCCCCCCCUGCUCUUCCAGUGGGCCAAGCUGAAUGGCAGCCUGUCCACCAGGGCCGACGUCCAAGGAGGAGACCUCCAGAUUAACCUAGCCACACCCGAGGAUGCUGGCACCUACAAGUGUUUCGCCACCAACAAAGUGGGCACCAGUGAAGCACAUGCCACAGUCACUGUCAGGUCCCCCCUGGCAGUGCGUGUGUCUCCUCAGGUGGAGGUAAAGGCCCGGGGUAGUGCUGUAGAGUUUACCUGCUCUGCUGCAGGAGGCCUGGGAACCACCAUGGAGUGGCUGAAGGAGGGAGGAGCCCUGCCCCCCAACCAUCACAUCAAAGAUGGGGUGCUGAGGAUUGAGAACCUGGAGCAGCGCAACGAGGGCAUCUACAUCUGCAGAGCCACCAGUGUUCACGGCCAGGCCCAGGACUCCGCCAAGCUUACCAUCCAAGCCCUGCCCAAGGUGAUGAUCAACGUACGUACCGCUGUGCAGACAGUGAUGGUGGGUAACUCCGUGGAGUUUGAGUGCCAGGCAAUCGGCGAGCCCCAGCCCAUGGUGCGCUGGAGCAGGGUGGGAGGGCCCCUGCCGGCACACAUCAUGGUGAAGGGAGGCAUGCUGAAGAUCGAGCAGGUUUCUGAUGCUGACGCUGGACAGUACCGCUGCACUGCCACCAACAACGUGGGCUCUGUGCAGUCUCAGGUGGUCCUACAUGUCCAGUCCCUACCCCAGAUCGCAGCUCUGCCAGAGCUGAACGAAGUGACAGUGGGAUCAGAUGCUGUCCUGCCCUGUGUGGCAUCAGGCUACCCAGUGCCUGCCAUCAAAUGGUCCAAGCUGGAUGGGGAACUCCCUCCUAAGUGUAGACAGGUAGUCAACACCUUGACGGUUCCCGAAGUGACCCACAAGGAUUCUGGCACCUACGUGUGCACUGCCUCCAACAAGCAGGGCAAAGUGGAGGCCUUAACAACCCUCAAAGUCCAUGAUCGAGUUAUGCCCUAUUUCACCCAGGAGCCCCUGUCCUAUCUCACUCUGCCCACCAUCAAGAACGCCUACAAGUCCUUCAGCAUCAAGAUUAGCUUCAGGCCAGACAAUCCUGAUGGUCUCAUCCUCUAUGCGGGUAUGAUCAUCUACAAUGGACAGAAGAGGACCAUGGGAGCAGACUUCAUCUCUCUGGGGCUGGUGGGAGGCAGGCCUGAGUUCAGGUUUGACGUGGGUUCUGGCAUGGCCACCAUCCGCUACCCCAUCCCCAUCAAACUGGGAGAGUUCCACACCAUAGAGCUCUACCGCAACCAAACCCAGGGCUCCAUCAUAGUGGACAGGGAGGCCCCCGUCAAUGGGAGCUCACAGGGAAAGUUCCAGGGACUGGAUCUAAACGAGGAGUUGUAUGUGGGUGGUUACCCCAACUACACCCUCUUGGCCAAGACAGCUGGCCUCAAGACCGGCUUUGUCGGGUGCAUCCGUAAGCUGGUCAUCCAAGGUGAUGAGAUCAUCUUCAAGGAUCUGCAGCGCAGCUCCACGGGCGUGUCCAACUGUCCCGUCUGCACUGACCGCCCCUGUCAGAAUGGAGGGAUGUGCCAGGACUCUGAGGCCAGUCUGUACAAGUGUAGCUGUCCCAGAGGAUUCACAGGGAGUAACUGCCAGCACCACUCCUCCCUGCACUGCCACCCAGAGGCUUGUGGACCGGAUGCCACCUGCAUCAACCGUCAGAAAACCCUGGGCUACGACUGUCGAUGCCACCUGGGCAAGUUUGGAAACAAGUGCAUGGACGGUGAAUUGGUUACUACUCCCCUGUUUGACGGUACGGACUCGUACAUUGCAUACCCUCCUCUUACCAACAUCCACAACGACCUGCGCAUCGGGAUGGAGUUCAAACCCAUGGCCCUGGACGGCCUGAUGUUCUUCAGCGUGGGCAAGAAGAUGAAGACUGAGGACUUUGUCUCCCUGGAGAUGGUAGACGGAUACGUGCAAUUCCGCUAUGAACUGGGGACUGGCCAAGCUGUCCUGCGCAGUCCUGAGCCGAUCACCCGUGGCCAGUGGCACCGCGUGGAAGCCGGGCGCCUCGACAAGGACGGCUCUCUGACGGUUGACGGUGGCCGGGAGGUCAGGAGGUCGUCACCUGGCAAGGCCCAGGGCCUGAACAUCCACACCCCCAUGUACCUGGGAGGAGUCCCCAACUUUGAGAUCGUACCCAAGACCCUUAACAUCAGUGAUAUGUUUUAUGGAUGCGUUGGAGAGGUGUCCAUCAAUGGUAAGAAGGUGGACCUGUCCUACAGCUUCACAGAGAGCAUGGCCAUCGUCCAGUGUACGGACAACAGUCCCUGUGACCGCAACCCAUGUCUGAACGGGGCGAGAUGCAUGCCCACUGCUGAGUAUGAAUACCAGUGUCUCUGCAAGGAUGGCUUCGAGGGUGAGCGCUGUGAGGUGGUGAGGGACACCUGCCAGAGCAGUGACCAGUGCCAGAAUGGAGGCAGCUGUGUGAAUGGCCAGUGUGUGUGUCCCGUAGGCUUCAAUGGCCCCAUCUGUGGACAGAGCCAGGUCUCCAGCUUCGCCGAGGCCCUGUGGAAUUUGGAGGGUAGCGGGGGGAAUGAUGCCCCCAUUGAGUAUGCAGCUCAAUUCUAUGACAACGGUUACCUUGCUCUUCCCAAGACGAUCUUCCCCAGAAGCGGCCCUGACGCUCCAGAGACCAUCGAGAUGGAGCUCAAGGUCAACACCUCCUCCAAAGAGGGCCUGAUCCUGUGGCAGGGAGUAGAGCCCUUUAAUGGCGCUAGCCAUUUCCGCAGGAUGCAUGCUAGUAAAAAGGUAUCCACCUCACCAAAACACCUGGAGCUUGGAGAUCAAGGAAAGGGCAAGGACUUUAUAAGUCUUGGUCUGCAAAACGGACACUUAGUCUUCAGCUACCAGCUGGGCAGUGGAGAGUCUCAGAUACAGUCCAGAGAGCCCAUCAAUGAUGGCAGAUGGCACAAGGUCACUGCCGUGAGAACUGGUAAACAGGGAUAUAUUCAGGUAGACGGAGCAGCCAUUCAACGAGGACAAUCACAAGGCAAAAGCAUCAUGGUGAACACCAAAGGCAACGUAUACCUGGGGGGAGCCCCAGAUAUAUCUGCGAUGACGGGAGGGAAGUUCUCCUCGGGGCUCACAGGCUGUGUGAGGAACCUGUCUCUGAUGAACGCCCGGCCGGGAGAUCAGCCAGCCAGACCCAUCGAGCUGCAGGCCGCCGCAGAGAAUGGCAUCAACGUUGGGCGCUGCUCCUCAUAGACCUAUAGCAGCCCCCCCCACACACACACACACCCAGAGACUAUGGAGACAAGAUUCAAUCAGACUCAGAGAGACUUGCCCACAUACAUACAUACAGUCACUUUGAAAAAAAAACAUGGUGCUUUGCUGCUACCAAAAACAAAGCUACUCAACAAAAUUAUAUUUUGCUCUCUGUGCAUUGAACCAAAAAAAAAGUGAACAAAUACUAACAAGUCUUCACUUGCUUAGCGCUGUAUUCUCAAUGAAGGACACAGGAGAUCCAGUACAGUUUUCAUACUCCCAGCAGUAGCUUUUAGUCAUGAGAAAGAGUCAAAUGCCAUAGGCCUUCUACAAUGGAUCAGAUCCUAUGGAGUUGGAGAUGUUUUUACAGCACUGAAUUUUUAUUUCUAUACAUAUAAAUAUAUAUUAUAUAUUUGUGGGGGGAACAUGCAAACUAACCAUAACUGCUCUCUGUCCUAGAGUUGAUUUUGGGUUCUAAUAUUGUGUGUGUCCAGGGCUUUUUUUUAUAGGGCCUAGUUGUGUUAAUACUUGCAGACAUUAAAGCCUUCUUUCUUCACUUCUGUAGGGGAAAUGUAGCGGUGAGCUUGCUUACAGACGUGUUACGCUAUUGGGGGAGGGGUCAUGGCACAAAGCAUCAUCAAGACACAUCUCAGGGGAGGACAGGAUUUUAAAAACAGGCAGAACGCUAUUAGAAGUACUCGUGCUUUUCCAUUCUACCAAAUCGUUUCUGAACUGUUUCUGAAAUCACUUGCCUUCCCACACCUAGCAUGGUUGCCAUUUUUUGUCUGUAAAACAUUUUUUUUUUUUUUUACUUGGUGCUAUUAAGUUUGACAUGGAAAUACGGCCCACUAGCGGUUAUUUGUCUGUCUCCUUAUAAUAAUGUAGUACAUGUGUUUCUUCAUUUCUACAUUUGAAAGAAUAUCAGUGUAAAACACAUGCUACACGUGCCUACUUUAUUUCACCUCUCCUGAGGUUGGGGAGGUUGUGGUGUUCUCCAGAUAUGCAUGAGAUCUGAGGUUUGUUUUAGUAUUAGCUGAAAUCGUCUUCGUUUAAGUGUCUCCUCCGACGUCCUAUUUGAUUGAGUAGAUCUCCAAAAGACGUCAAGGUGUUUUAAAGAAUUAAUGGCGAUUUGUAUUGUGUUUUUUAAAAUUAUGACUGGCUCUGAGAAUUCUAAGACAUUUUGUCAUUUUACUUCUGCUGUCAGCCAUGUGGCAACUAUCUGCCAGUCAGGUAAAAUAUCAGUUUAGUCUGGGUGUGUGUGAGUGGCUACAUGUGUACUUAUAAGUUCAGUAUGUAUGUAUUGCCCCUCACCCACCCCCCCCUCUUUAAACCUCUAUAAGAUGUUUGUGUAUGAACUGUAUAUGUGUACUGAAAGCGAGUGUGUACUGUUACUGUAUGUGUGUGUGUGUGUGUGUGUGUGUGUGUGUGUGUGUGUGUGUGUGUGUGUGUGUGUGUGUGUGUGUGUGUGUGUGUGUGUGUGUGUGUGUGUGUGUGUGUGUGUGUGUGUGUGUGUGUGUGUGUGUGUGUACUGAAUGUGAGUCUCGACCAUCUAAAUCCUCAGGAGGGUCACCGCAGAUCUGCCUCAAGAUGCUCCUCAGUCAGUUUCAGGUUCAGUAGCAACUAGCCCUGGUUACAGUCUUCUAGAAACUAACAAGUCUGAUAUUGAACUCUUUAACAGCUGCAUCAUUUUGUUAGCUGUUGUGCCUAACACUGUAUGGAAGCACAUUCAUGCCAAAAUCAUUUCUUAUUGGGGUAGACAUAUUGGAGGGGGACUAACGGACACACAUCAGUCAGAGUCAAUUACUUUAGGAGAAAGCAGUUGCAACCUCCCUGGUGGGGUGCUAGCAAGCUGUGACCUAUGUAGCUCCAAUGAGCAUGCUCGCCCACACUGGUUUACCUCUUGACAAAUACGGCAUCAAAAUUCACAUCAUGAGGUUCACAAACUUUUCACUUUUUGUAAUCUUAAGAUUAUGUUGAUUAAUAUUCUGAAAAUGAGCACCAUCAGUUAACUUAAAGUUGCUUCAUUUUUAUUUAUAUUUGUCUCUUUAAAAAAAUGUUUUAUCUUCAUUUCAGGCUUGAUUCUGCUGUUGUAGAGCAAUCAGAAAAGCUUGCCAUAAUUUUCUUGGGUUAUUGUGUAUUGCCUCCCCAUCCCCCUGUUCCCUUCAUGUUUGUUUUUAAUACCUUUCCUCCAUGAGUUUCUUGCCCCCCCUGGCGUUCCCACCAUGACCCCUCAGUCCAUACAGUCUCAGUGGAGUGUCUGUGCAACAACUGUGAUAACCAACAGUAAUAUCAGCCUGAGAAGGGGUUGUCAACUGGUUUGUGCUAGAGCUAAAUGGAUGUGUACUUUGUAUUUCUACAUCUACAGUUGAAGUCGGAAGUUUACAUAUACUUAGAUUAUUUCACUUAUAAUUCACUGUAUCACAAUUCCAGUGGGUCAGAAGUUUACACUAAGUUGACUGUCCCUUUAAACAGCUUGGAAGAUUCCAGAAAAUUAUGUAAUGGCUUUAGAAGCUUCUGAUAGGCUAAUUGACAUAAUUUGAGUCAAUUGGAGGUGUACGUGUGGAUGUAUUUCAAGGCCUACAUUCAAACACGGUGCCUCUUUGCUUGACAUCAUGGGAAAAUCCAAAUAAAUCAGCCAAGACCUCAGAAAAACAAUUGUAGACCUCCACAAGUCUGGUUCAUCCUUGGGAGCAAUUUCCAAAUGCCUGAAGGUACCACAUUCAUCAGUACAAACAAUAGUACGCAAGUAUAAACACUAUGGGACCACGCAGCUGUCAUACCGCUCAGGAAGGAGACGCGUUUGGUCUCCUAGAGAUGAACGUACUUUGGUGUGAAAAGUGCAAAUCAACCUUGUGAAGAUUCUGGAGGAAACGGGUACAAAAGUAUCUAUAUCCACAGUAAACAAGCCCUAUAUCGACAUAACCUGAAAGUCCGCUCAGCAAGGAAGAAGCCACUGCUCCAAAACCGCCAUAAAAAUGCCAGACUAAGAUCAUACUUUUUGGAGAAAUGUCCUCUGGUCUGAUGAAACAAAAAUAGAACUGUUUGGCCAUAAUGACAUUCGGUAUGUUUGGAGGAAAAAUGGGGAGGCUUGUAAGCCGAAGAACAACAUCCCAACUUUGAAGCACGGGGGUGGCAGCAUCAUGUUGUGGGGUUGCUUUGCUGCAGGAGGGAAUGGUGCACUUCACAAAAUAGAUGGCAUCAUGACGAUGGAAAAUUAUGUGGCUAUAUUGAAGCAAUAUCUCAAGACAUCAGUUAAAGUUUGGUCGCAAAUGAGUCUUCCAAAUGGACAUUGACCCCAAGCAUACUUCCAAAGUUGUGGCAAAAUGGCUUAUGGACAACAAAGUCAAGGUAUUGGAGUGGCCAUCACAAAGCCUGACCUCAAUCCUAUAGAACAUUUGUGGUCAGGCAGAACUGAAAAAGCGUGUACGAGCAAGGAGGCCUACAAGCCUGACUCUGUUACACCAGCUCUGUCAGGAGGAAUGGACCAAAAUUCACCCAACCUAUUGUGUAAGGCUACCCGAAACAUUUGACCCAGGUUAAACAAUUUAAAGACAACGCUACCAAAUACUAAUUGAGUGUAUAUAAACUUUCUGACCCACUGGGAAUGUGAUGAAAGAAAUAAAAGCUGAAAUUAAUCAUUCUCUCUACUAUUAUUGUGACCUUUCACAUUCUUAAAAUAAAGUGGUGAUCCUAACUGACCUAAGACAGGGCAUUUCUACUAGAAUUAAAUGUCAGGAAUUGUGAAAAACUGAGUUUAAAUGAUUUUGGCUAAGGUGUAUGUAAACUUCUGACUUCAACUGUAUAUACAGUAUGGCUCUGCAUUGGGCUAUCCGAUUAGAUUACAAAAUUGAAGAUUAGGCUAAACUACUGUAUGUUACACUCUUUGAUUGUGUUACCAUUACUCAUUGGGACAUGUUAGUGUGUUAAUUGCGCGGAGUUGUGGCCAAAACACAGCAUAAACACAGAUGAGAAACUGUCACACAAAUCAUGAAUACAUUGAAAGCCCUAUAUGUGUGGUCUUAAACAUAAGAUAUACCUGGGUAUGAAUGAUGUACUGAUUAUUUAUGAAGUAAAUAUGGGCGCUUUCAUUAUUGAUGAAGAUAUUAUUUAACCUUUUUUGAAAUGGUUAAUAUUGUCUGUUUCAUUUUUAGAUUAAAGGCAAAUGUUGAAAAAGAGUCACAACAUUCUAGUGAAUGGAAGUGUACUACACAAUGUUAUUGUCCAUUGGAUGAUAAUGCUCGUGUUCCUGACCUUCCCAAGGGUUUCUUUAUUAAAACAACAUUCAUGUGCUAUUUAUAA